AUGUCGCAGCACACCCAAGUGCCGGGCGCGUCGACGCUGACCGAGUUCACCAAGCGGCGGAAUUGGCCUGCCAAGGUCGUCGAGGAGCUCAAGGACCUGCUGAUGAUCCUCGACCAGGACGGCCGCAUCAGGCACUGCUCCCCCAGCGUCAGCGCCCUCACAGGUUACAAGGCCGACGAGUUCAACGAGCGGCUCCUGCGCGAGUUUCUCCACCCCGACGACUCUGCACUGUUUCUAUCCGAGUUCAACGAGUGCAUCGCCACGGGCAAUACCCUGCGGCUAUUCUACAGGCUGAGGAAAAAGGACGGGGCGUAUGCCAUCUUCGAGUGCAUGGGCCAUGCACACAUUGCUGCGGCCCGCUUCGCACCCAACCCAAACAACCAGAGCCCCUUUUGCCAGGCCGUAUUCAUGAUGUCGCGGCUGUACCCAGCUGCGAACGCGCAGCUCCUAGACUCGUUUCUUGAACACAAGAUGGAGAACGAGAGGCUCAAGAGGAGGAUCACGGAGCUGAAGAGAGAAGAGGCGGCAGAGGCGGAAGAGGCCACACGAAGCUGGCGGCAGAGCCAAGACGGCCGGAGCGUUGUCGCAUCCUCAGAAGACGGGACCAAGACCAGCGUCACGGGCAGCUCCUACCGCAAUGCCGACUCGGCCGCCAUGCCACCGCCAGAGAGACCGAACCCGCUCAACAUUGCACUGACGAGGGAGAACCUAGAGGGCGUCACGGCAGGGAACGGACCCGACUCGAUCAGGGAUAAGAUGGCUCGGUACGAAGGGAUCAACACCAUCGAGAUGCUCACAGGUCUACGGUACCAGGAUGGCGAGCGGGCAAAGGGCGUCUCGACAGGCGCACGCAGCCCCACACUCAUCAAGGGAGAUGCGGGCAUUGCCAUACCAAUAGAUCGGGACCCCAGGACAGGCGAGAAGAAGAAGAAGCUCAAGGUCGCGGAGGAAUACGUCUGCACGGAUUGCGGAACCCUCGAUUCACCCGAAUGGCGAAAAGGACCUGCAGGGCCUAAGACUCUCUGCAACGCCUGCGGACUCCGGUGGGCCAAGAAAGAGAAGAAGAAGACCCAGGGCGGGAACAAUAUCGACACACCAGGUCCUGGACCAGGGGGGAUGGGUGGACUGCCCGUCAUGGACCCGGGCCAGGCCUGAUCCUUCGUUCACGACCCGUCUUCCAUUCUUCUCUCUUUUUCUCUCUUUUUGGUGGCGUGCACAUGCGCGUACGCACAGCGGCGUUUUAGGAAUAGCAUCGUGGUGUAUCAGUCGCCGUUGAUCACGGAUAGAAUCCGGCCAGAUGGC